AUGUCCGACUGCGAUUCGUCCUGCCAGCCUCACCAGGACCACGUCCGGUCCAGUCAGCUCUGUGAUGGAUGGACGUGUUUGAAGGAUGAAGGACGCAGGCUGAAGAGGAGAGAGAAGAACCGGGUCGCGGCCCAGAAGAGCCGGAAGAGGCAGACCCAGAGAGCCGACCAGCUGCACCAGACCUGCGAGCUGCUGGAGCAGAGGAACCGCAAGCUGAAGAGAGAGGUGGACUCUCUCUCUGAGGAGCAGAACCUCCUCACCGAAGCUCUCAGAGCCCACGAACCUUUCUGUCCCAUCAUGCACUGCGCCUUAGCCCCAUCCUGCAUGCAGGCGGACAGCGCUGCGGCUCGCCCGCUUUAAGCAUAGACAUAAUAUAAAAUGUAUUUAUAUAUAUGUCUAUGGCUUUAAGGAUCUCCCUGCAGGCUGACAACACAACGCCUGACCGCUAGAGGGCGCCGGUCUCCUCCGUAGCAGCCUGGGAGACUCUGCUGCCCUCUGGCGGCCGCA